AUGGACGUCGAUUCUUCGUCGUCUUCGCCCUCGGAGCGGUUGUCGGUUGUGUGUUUUGCUUCAGCCGAGGAUAGCUCCAAUUCUUCUGAGCAUUCACCACACUCGAGAAGGAAUUCUGUCAAUGAGAGCGUCUUGAAGGACGAGCAGUACUGGGAACGCCGGCGGAAAAACAAUGACGCAUCGAAACGUUCCCGAGAAAAGCGAAGAAUAGGAGACAUGGCAAUGGAACAACGUAUACUUGCGCUCUCACAGGAGAAUCAUCUACUAAAAUCUCGCUUGGAGUCCCGUACAGCCGCCGAAAGUCUGCUACAGACCGCUCGGUCGGACUUUCCCGCUCUUCCUCCACAGAGCAGCACGUCAUUGUUCACUCAUCAAUUGCCAACGUCGUCCGUAGGUUUGUCGUCACUAGCUGUUCCUCCACUGCCCACUCUUCAUACGACCACCGUCUCCAGUCUUCCAUUAUCACAUGUUCCGUUACUGUCGUCGACUUCUCAGCUACCAAUCAUGCAACUUUGCCAACUCCAGGCGGCUAUUCAUCAGCAGUACCGCUCCACCCCGUCGUCGUCAGUGUUUUCUGUUGGUUCAGCGUUCCAGCCUUUUCACGCUCACAAGGAGUCGGUAAUCAUGAAGGCCGAGCGCAUCAGUCCGGAUUCGAGCAGCGAUCGUGUCGAUCGCGUAAUUCAAAGAGUUCCUUCACCUCAACAACAACAAGAACGUGCUCCCUCUCAUUCACUACUAGGCGCUCUACUGGCCACCCGUCGGACGUCGCCAGCAGUGCCACAGAGCAGGACCGAACAUAACAGUCGCCUCGGCAGUCCUCCUAGGCUUUCUCCGUCAAAAUCCGACUGCGAGUCAAUUUCGUCGUCAGCUUCUCUGUCGCCCUCACAAUCAAGCGAGGACCAUCCAGAGUCGUCGGCGAUCAGACGCGCUCUCGACGACAACAGUUCCGAUGACAAAAAGGAACAGUACAUGGAUCGACGACGGCGAAAUAACGAGGCUGCCAAGCGCUGUCGAGCGAAUCGAAGAGCUGUAUUCGAGUACAGGAGUCGUCGUGUACAGCUUCUUGAAAACGAGAACGAUCACUUAAAAGAGGAGAUCGCCAAGCUGAAGAGAGAAGUCGAUCAAUUCAAGUCGAUGCUCACCGCUCAAAACAUUAUGGACACUCAAUAA